GUUUGCUGUGUCUCUUCACCUGUCCUCGUCGACAGCAUCACUGGUUCCCUUUGUCACUCGUCCUUCGGUUCACUUUUGCUAUGCGCUUGUGAGAGUCGUUUGCUUUGUCCACCGCGUCGUCCAGAUAAGCUCGCGCGGCAAGCGUUCGCGCUAAACCGUAAAGUUGCUGAGCUUCAAAACAUCUCCAGGCCUACAUGGGUUCCCAAUCCUCCGCCUCCACCGCCAAACCGCCCCAGGCAAACAAAUCUGCCACCAUGGACGGCACGCCGAAUGGCACUGUCCACCACGGCCAACAACACCGCCGCUCCUCGCGGAACCUCCGCCGAAAAGGCAAAGCGACGUGGUCGGGCUGGGCUGCUGAUAAAGGCGUGAAGCUGUUCAUCUGGUAUGCCCUGUAUCAGAUCGUCUUCCACUGCCCCAGCAGCCAGAGUCAGGUCAACGACGACACCAACCACGUCUGCAAGACCUACCUGCAGGGACGAGACUUUGUCACGCCCUACGCUCAACCAUACUACGACGAAUACCUCGCCCCAUACGUGCGCCAAGCACAACCCUACUACGAUGUCGCCAACGAGAAGGUCUACAAGCCAGCAUACUCUGCCUACGAGACCUAUGCCGCUCCUCGUCUCGCCCAAGCUCAGGUGCUGGGCCAGCAGCAGUGGGAAAAGACCAUCAAGCCACAACUCGAUGUAGCACAAAAGCAAGUGGGAAAGCAAUACCAGCAGUCUCUGGCUCCACACGUCAAGAAGGCCACGGAUGUUGUCCAGCCUUACUAUGACGGCGUGGUCAACUCCGCUGCGGACAUCUGGCAGCUGGAGCUCGAACCCGUCUACCGUAAGACGGCUCCAUACGCGGAAAAGGUUUAUCAACAAGGACAAGCCUUCGCGGUGAACACUGCUCUGCCACAGGCCCAGUUCGUCGGUAGCACUGCCUGGAGCUUCUGGACACGCAACAUCUGGCCACGCAUCCGCAUCUUGUACGGCGAAAAUGUUGAGCCCCAGCUCAUGCGUAUCACCGAGCGCCUGGGCAGAUACAAGGAUGGCAAGAAGCUCGAAGCUGAAAUCAGUAGCGUUGAAGCCUCAUCCAAAUCUGCCAAGGUAUCUGCAAGCGUCGAAUCUGUGGCAUCAUCUGCCUCGUCCACCCUCAGCCAGGCUACCGAGAGCCCAUCAUCUGCUGCGAGCGCCGCUUUCCACUCUACACCCUCCCCGUCUGCUGACCCUGUGACUCAAUUCACCGAAGACCUCAAGAGCUGGGAAGACAUUAGCCACAAGGCUGUUGAGGAAGGAUCCGAGGAUCUUGCAGAGCGUAUUCAAGAAAUCACCACACAACAGGUCAAGAGCGCCCACAGUGUCGGGAACGCUCUUGUCACUCAAUUGGAGGCGACCAGCGAGUCUGCAAUGAACAGCGUGAAGAGUCGCAUUCAGCAGAUCGUCAAGAGCCUGCCGGAAGACACUGAAGAGAAGGACAUCGAAGCUGCCAACGAAGACUUGGUCCAAGCUGUGCGUGCUGCCGGACAGAGCAUCAAGCAAAAGGCACAAGCCGUCCGCGAGUGGCGCCAAACACGCCAGAGCGAGACCGAGAGCCUGGUUGAAAAGGCACUGCAGUCGACUCUCGAGACUGUUGAUAGCAUUCGUGAGCUCCGCCUCACUGAAAUUGGACGCAAGUAUGCUUCGUCUUCGCUGCCUCACAAGCAGUGGAGCAAGUACAACGACAUCAAGAAGGCGAAGCAGACGUGGCGCAACGAUGUUGAGAAAGCUGCGCAUGGACACAAGGGUCUCACUGAGGCCAAGCAUGCUGUCGAGGAGAUUGAGCAAGUCGCCAUGGGCGUGGCUGAGGACGCUGCGAAGGAGCUUGGCCGACUGAAGAAAGUCGGUCAGUGGAAAAUUGCCGCCGACGAUGCCAGCGACGACUUUGAAACCAAGACCAUUCCACCACCAGUCCGCAAGGCGAAAGAGUACAUCGUUGAACAAGCUGCGGGUGCUGCAGGUGCUGCAUCUCAAGUUGUUUUCGGCUCCGAGCAAGAUGCUGUUGAGAGUGCCACCCCGGUUGUCGCCGAGAAAGCUUCUCAAGCUGCCUCGCAGGCUAGCGAGGCCGUCUACGGAUCGACAGGAAGUGUAGAGAGCGUCGCCAGUCAAGCAUCAUCUGCGGCGUCGAGCCUCUCCGAAAAGGUUGUGGGGUCAUCCACCGGGUCUGUCGAGAGUGCAGCGAGCCAGGCGAAGAAGUCGGCUUCGAGCAUCGCGUCCGAGGCGUCUAAGUCAGCAUCUGAUGCUGCGGCUUCUGCUUCCAGCGCCGUACUGGACGAGUCCAGCUUGUCCGACACCGUCAAGCAAUCCGCCUCUAGUGCUGCAUCCAAGGUCUCUGAAUCUGCGUCUGAUGCCGCAUCCAAGAUCUCCAAAUCUGCGUCUGCUGCCAGCAGCUCAGCCUCGAGCGCUAUUGUAGGCGAGUCCGGUCUUUCUGACACGGUCAAAGAGGCCGCUUCAUCUGCAUCUAGCGCAAUCCUAGGAGAAUCAAGCUUCACGGAUUCUGUCACGGAUGCUGCGUCCUCGGCAACUGAGAGUGCAAAGAGUGUUGGCCCUAAGCUUGCCAGCAUGCUUGCAGCUCAGAAGGACCAGGCGAGCAAGAGUGCUGACAGCCUCGUGAAAGAAGCCUCAUCUGCCAUUAGCAGUGCCACCCACACACCGGUUGCUUCUUCGAUAUCCUCAAGCGUCUCAUCUGCUGCAAACGCCGCAUCAUCUGCUGCGGCUUCAGCAUACGACAACCUGCCCGAUGUUGAGGAUAUCGCCGACGCAGCCGAGUCUGCGGCGAAGAAACCGAAGAAAGUGUUCGCUGGUGCUAUGGCACAAGAACUAAAGGAGCCGCGUGAGCCUAUCAUCGAGGGCGACUAUGGCGAUAUGGUUGACACAGGAGACCUCUACGCGGACUACAGCGAGAGCGUUCAGAAGAUCAUCAAUGGAGCCGGUGACAAAGCUAGUCAGCUCACGCAGGCAAUCGAAGAUGCGUUGAAGAGCGCAUCUCCCACGCAAGGUUCCGUUGAGAGUGUGAGCAGCCUCGCCAGCGCACAAUACGAAAGCGCACUUUCAGCUGCCAGCAGCGCUCUUUUCGGUACACAAAACGCCGCCGACAAGGCCACCAGCUCUGUCUACCAUCAAUACCAGGCUGCAGUGACCGCUGCAUCAUACGCCAUCUAUGGCACUCCAGCUACUGCAGCACCACUCGCGGCUGCCAGCUCAGCAUACGACAAUGCUGCCAGCCAGGCCUCGUCCCAGUACGAAGCCGUCAAGUCGUUCAUCUCUGUGCAAGUAUCUGGCACACCGCUGCCCGUACAUGAACAGGUUCUCGCCAACGCUCAAGCUGCAUACUCAUCUGCACUCACAGCUGCAUCUCAUGCCGCCUAUGGUACUCCUGUCACUGCUGCGCCCCUCGCGGCGGCCAGCUCUGCGUAUUCGAAUGCUGCAGCUGAAGCUUCCAAGCAUUACGAUGCUGUCAGGUCCCGCGUUUCUGCGCAGAUCUCAGGUACUCCUAAGCCUGUCCAACAGGAGAUGUUUGAGUCGGCAGAAUCUGCAUACUCGAACGCUCUGAAAGCCGCCAGCUCACGUUACUAUUCCGCGUUCCCAACCCAAGGCUAUCUGGAAAGCAUCUCUUCCGUCGCAUCCUCCCGACUUGCCGAUGGCGUGAGUGCUGCUCAAGAGCAGUACCAGAGUGCCAAGAUCGCUGUUGGUGCUGAGCCCACCCCCGUGCAUCAGCAGUAUCUGGCAUCAGCUCAGGCCGCCUACUACCAAGCACUCGGUCUGGCGCAUGGUCGCUACAACGAAUUCGUCGAGGCAGCAUCUAGCGUGAUUGCUCCGACACCAACUGCAACUGGCUAUCAAAAGUCGAUCGAGGAUGCACUUAGCGCUGCACGAAGUGCAUACACUGCUUAUACUCAGGGAGCAUCAGAAAAGUACAGUAUGCUUCACGAGAUGGCCAGUGAAGCUGCCGGCGCGCAAGCUACGACAGUCGACAAGGGAACUCUUGAUCAUCUGGAUUCGCAAAUCGUGGACGCCGUGGACUACGCCAAGAGUAAGCUUGCCGAUGCAAGCAAGUCUGUCAGCUCUGCAUAUGCCGCUUCAGCAACGACUGACAAGCCACUCGCUUCUCAAGCCUCGGAGAACUGGGAAGCUCUGAUCUCCAAAGCAAGUGAGCAAGUCUACGGUGCUCCGGCUCCGUUCACUGCUGUUGCCUACAGCUAUGCUACUGAAUAUGCUGGGUCAGUCACUGACGCAGCCGCUUCGGCCACCGCUGCUGCGGCAGCUCAGUUUGAACAAGUUCAAGCGCUUUUCUCCGAGCUCGUUGUCGGUAAAGAGCCAGACUUCACUGCCAGUGUGUACAGCAGAUUACAAUCUGCAUACUCCACGGGCGCCCCGAACUUGGCGUCGCAAAUUUCGAGCUACGCAAGCGACUCUUACGACUCAAUGUCAUCGAUUGUGUCUGCGGCGUUUGUUCCACCGACACAGGUGCCUUCAAUCCUCGAACAAGUCCAGGAACAGCUGAAUGCUGCUGUCAAUGCAGCCAGUGCCCAAGCGUAUGGCACAGAGAAGGGCACAUUCGAGCAAGCUACCGAGGCCGCAGCAAGUAUGUACAGUGAUGCCGCUUCCCAGGUCUCUGAUGCCAUCUACGGCACGCCGGAGCCAUACGUUGCCGCCGCACAAGCAUCUAUCCUCGACAUUGGUGCAUCAGCCAGUGCCGCAAUCUCCGCCGCAAUUUAUGGAGGUCCAACACCUACGCUCUCUGCUGCCAGCAAUGCUGCCGCUUCUGUCGCUUCCUCUAUCCAGAGCAGAGCUGCUGAACAGGCUGCCUCUGCCAGUGCGGCCGUCAGCAGUGCUGUCUACGGCGAGGAGCAGACGUACCUCGAAGGUGUUCAGAGUCAGCUCAGUGCCGCCAUGGCCAGCGCAAGCAGCAGAAUCUCCGAGCUCGGCCAAGAUGCCGGAAGUGUGUUGAACGAGGCGGCCAGCACUGUGAGUUCGGCUGUUACGGCUGCGACCGACAGAGUGAGAGACGAGUUGUAGGAAGCUUCUACUACCUCUGAGAAGCUCGCGCUCAUGGCCGAACACGCUAUCGAGGACUUUGUACGAGAGAUGACGCAGUUGGCUUUCGUGAUUCCUUUUGACAUCCAAAUGGAAAUCCUGAAAGCUGUUCUGGAGAGAAGGACGAGGAGGCGGUCAGUCCGGCAUUGAACCGCUUGCUUGAGCCCUACUCAGUCACGAAAUGAAGGGAAGUAAUCCAAAAGAAGAAGGAACGUGGAGUGGUCAUGCGCACAUGAAGAGGGGAUACAGGACCUUCUUCGACGCAACAGAAACGAGUCACGAGAUUUCGGCGGUUGUUGUUGAAGAGGGUGGUGGCAUUGCAUUGAGUCGCGUUUUUGUGUUGUGUGUACAUGUGAUCUAUCCUCUGGCGUCGCGUUUUGGGUCCUUGCUACUCCUUCUGGCAUGGUAUGAUCACAGUGAGAUAUCCCAUAUGAUGGAACGCUUUUUGUAUAGAAUUAAGAUUGUUAUCAGGUCCCUUUUCUCCACCAAAACUAGUUUAUUGGACUGGCAACAGCAUGUAUUGAAGACUGC